AUGGAGGACUACGAAAUGGUGGCAUUGACAGAAGACUGCAGCGCUAUUCUUCAAAGGAAGCUUCCACAGAAGUUGAUGGAUGCUAGAAGUUUCACAAUCCUAUGCACAAUUGGUAACUUUGAGUGUAAACAUGCACUAUGUGAUUUGGGAGCCAGCAUCAAUCUCAUGCCUCUACCAGUAUUCAGAAGACUUGGUUUGGGUGAGGCAAAGCCAACUACUGUCACAUUACAAUUAGCCGAUCGAUCACUGGCUCAUCCGAGGGGGAUCAUAGAAGAUGUGUUAGUAAAGGUCGAUAAGUUCAUCUUCCCAGUAGAUUUUAUAGUUUUGGAUAUGGAGGAAGACACAAACGAGCCAAUUAUUCUCGGAAGGCCAUUUUUAGCAACUGGUAUGGCCUUAAUAGAUGUGCAAAAAGGCGAGUUGAAGUUUCGAGUGCAAAAAGGCGAGUUGAAGUUUCGAGUGCAAAAAGAAGAGAACCGUGAAAAUGUGAAAAAAGAGCAGCAAAAUAGCACAAAAGUUGAAUUAAAGUCGUAG